CUGAAAACCACACACGCACACACAAACAGGCCGUAAAACCGGAAUAUUUGUCUAAUUUACCUUUAUUGUAUUGUAUUUCAAAACGGGUAUAAACAUUAUCCAUACAGCCACGCAUGCAUACUGAAACUUUGAAUGUAAAACAAGCAAAACAUUUUUUUGUUUGUGUUGUCAAUCAUAUAUUAGGGAAUGUAACAAAGUGUUUCCUCUGUUAUUAUAACUGAUCAAUUAAAAAAAAUAUGUGGUGGCUAUUGGUUUUAUCUUUUCAUUUUCAUUUUCCACCCAGUCAUGACCCCGGACAACCCAAAUGUCAGGCCUCUGACAUUAAAGUUAACCUAAAAUCUAAAAUUAAUUAAAGGACUUUUUUGUCUCCAGACACCUGUCAUCGAUCUGCCUAAAGUCUGUAUGAUCCAAACAUUGUUGCACUUUAAAGCCAUUUUCAGACGUCUAUAAAUAUGAGACGCUCCAACACACGCGCAAACUCUGCGCAAACCUCCUCCAAAAAUGACAGCAAUGCAAAGACGAGUCGGGGUCCGGAGCUCGCACUUCACAGACGACGGCUUUGACAUGUGGUAUGACUAUCUGAAGCUGGGCGGACUGCUGGAGAGGCUGCGCGACCGUCCUGAUGAGAGCCACAGAGACAGCGAGGGCCCCAAGAAAGAACAAGCAGCGCCAUGGAGCCACAUCCAAACCUCUGGCCAGGAGGAGGCCUGCAAGACCUUCAAAUGGACCAGUUCAGCCAGCAGCAGCAGCUUCUCGGACACCAGCUCCAACGGGACUUGUUCAGAGUACUGUCGCUUCUGCAAGCAGAACGGUGAGUCUGCUAGUGUGUACCGGUCACACAAGCUCAAGUCAAACGACGGGAAAGUGAUCUGCCCCGUUCUCUGGAAAUACACCUGUUCCAUCUGCAAAGCCACCGGGGACAAGGCUCACACACGCCGCUACUGUCCGCAGGUACAGGCUGCCAGGAUGCUGCCUGGCUCCAGCUUCUAGCUGCACACUGAAAGACUGAUGACACUGAAAAAGACUGUACAUAAUUACUACAAUAUGUUGUAGCCAUGUGUUCAUGUUGACAUAGACCUUUGCAGGUUCACAAGUAGUUUCAAGUGUUUCAUGUUUGAUUUUGUGUUUGCAUUAGUAUGUGUUACUGCUCUGCUGUGGGUAGCCUACAUAGUUUGUUAUAUUUUUUUAUUGCGUUAAAAAAAUGUUUUAAAACUUAAAAAAAAAACUGUCAAUAUCUUGACAUUUUGGAAACUGCAAACUGUAUAAAACUGUAUUUUUGCAUCAAGAA